CUUUGACUUCUGGAGACGGCCCACACAUUCCAAAUGCGACGCCACACAUAUGAUGCGUCUCCCCCCGUGCGAGCCACAGGUCGAGGAUCAACCGGGGAAGUUGUUUCCGGACUGCUCAGAAAGACCCGUCGCAGGGUCGUGGAUCCCCCAGCUGGGUAGCUCUAAUUGCCAAACCGGGAACCCAGUGCAGACGGAACCAUAUCCAGGCAUCCGUCUGCUACAUCCGCUGCGAGGAGUACACCUUAUUUCUCGAUCCGUGCUCCGGGACCCGUUCCCCGUCGAGAAUGUGGUGCAGCAAAUGCGGUCCUCCCCGGACGGUGUGGUAUGUGCUUUCUCCAUCCCCAGAUACUCCGGGGGCAGCAAGUGGUACCUUUAAACUCCGCGCAAGGCCGUGGCGGGGCAGCCAGGGUGUGCGUUGUGAGGAGUCCAAGACCGCGCUCCUGGAUCUUCAGUCCUAGCUUCUAGUGCUCUUCCAAUGUUUCAUCCAUAUUUGACCCCUUCCCCCGGUCGGCGAUGCAAAAGUCCCAAUUCCUGGCUAGGAGGGAACCACCAUGAGUGGAUGCAUCAUCUUUAGAUGCCUAAGGUAGUCCAACCCAAAGCGCUAGAUCGAUAACAAACACCACAAGUAGAAUGUUUCGCCCGACCAACGAAACCGAUGGCAUGGCAUCAUGAGAACCAAUAACGGGGGAAGCGGUGAAUCACCGCUGUUUGGGAGCUUUGACAGCCCCUGCAGACACAGUACCGUAGAU